AUGGCCGACUUAAGUACAUUGUUGCAACAGAGGUCACAGAUAGAAAUUACGUUUGACAUUAUAUUUAAAUAUGUUACUAGCUUUAAAGGCGAUAAUAUUGCCGGUUUAAAUAUACGCAAACAGAAAUUACUAGAAAUGUUUCAUCGGAUCGAGGAAAUAUAUGUUGAAUUAGAAUUGCUCGAGCCCAAAAAGUACUCAGUAGAAUUCCGCAAAUAUUGUGAGAAACAUUUAGAUUUAUUGACUAGGAUUGACGAAUUAGUCCAAGAUAACACCGUUGAUAACAAACAAGCUAUUGAUAAUAUAAUAAAACCCAAUAAUCCGCAGGUUAAAUUACCUGACAUAGUAUUGCCGAGGUUCAAUGGCGAAUAUAAUUCAUGGGUUGAGUUCAAAGAUAUUUUCAUUUCAUUAAUACAUAACAACAAAAAUUUAACAGAUGUAGAAAAGUUGUAUUAUCUAAAAGGUUCAUUGUCUUCUGGCCCGUCUAAAUUGAUAGCGAAUUUAACCAUGACAAACCAAAACUAUGCCAUAGCUUGGAAUUCAUUGACACAGCAUUAUGAUAAUAAACUUUUCAUUAUUAAUGCACAUUUGUCAUCAUUAUUUAAUUUACCAAAUUUAACUAGAGAUACGUUUGAACAUUUAAAUUCAUUUUUAAAUACUGCUCGACAACAGGUGCUAUCACUAAAAUCAGUCUAUGAUGACGCUAAGUAUUGGGAUUUAGUCUUUAUAUUUUUAUUCACAAAAAAGUUGGACGAUAAAACCUGCUUGGCAUGGAAUUUACAUAGGAAUACAGAUUUGCCUACUUUAGAACAAUUUUUUGAAUUUUUAACAUCACGUAUUUCAGCCUUGGAGGCGACUUUUAGAUCAGAACCUUCUAGUAGUAAAUCAAAAUUUAAUUCAAAACCCGUUAAUUUCAUUAGUAAACAAAAAUCCAAGCGAAUUUGUCCAUUUUGCAAACGAAAUCACCCAUUAUUUAAUUGUGACGCAUUCAAAAAAUUGUCUGUCCAAGAACGCAAGAAAUUUGCAAAUAAAAAUAAUUGUUGUGAGAAAUGUUUGGAUGGUUUUCAUGCCUUAGCAAGUUGCAAGUAUACGGGUUCAUGUAGGGUAUGCAAAUCCGAAUUGCAUAAUACUUUGCUACACAGUGCACAAAGUGAUCAGAUUAGUCACCAAGUAGAUAAGCCUUCUGAUAAGCCACCGACGAUUUUGUUAGCUAAUUGUAAAAAUAACAUUCAAACCUUGUUAUCUACUGCCAUUGUAAGGGUUUAUGAUUCAUUUGGUAGAUCAUUCAAUGUACGGGCAUUAUUAGAUAGCGGUAGUCAAAUAAAUAUUAUUUCGGAGUCACUUGCCGACCGGUUAAAUUGCACUCUAAAUACAGUAUCAAAUUCUUUAAGUGUUUUACAUGGACAUUCGUUAUUUAGUAAUAAAACAGCUGCUAUAAAAAUAUUUUCAAAUGCUUCUACGUUUUCUAGAACCUUAGAUUUUGUUGUUUUAAAAUCAAUCACUAGUAAUUUGCCGUCCGCUGAUAUUAAUAUAAACGAUUGGAAUAUUCCCUCACACAUUAAAUUAGCAGAUCCUCAUUUUUAUAUUUCAAGCCCUAUAGAUAUGUUGAUAGGAGCUGAACUCUUCUUCGACAUUUUACAGCAGGGUUCUAUUAGGUUAGGAAGUUAUCACCCGAUUUUACGUAACUCUAAGUUUGGAUGGAUUGUUUCGGGCAAUUACAAUAGUGUUGAAAGGUCUAAGGAAUAUGUAGGUUUGAUAACACAUUCUAAUUUUAAAUUAAAUGAGAAUUUAGUUAAAUUCUGGAAUUUGGAAGAAAUACCUGAGACAAAUAUGCGCCUUUAUGGUUUAAAUAAAAUUUGUGAAGAGCAGUUUCUAUCUAGUGUUUCUAGAAUUAAUAAUAGGUUUGAAGUUGCCUUGCCCUUUACACCAGAUUAUCAAGGAGAAUUAGGUCAUUCAUAUGGUGUUGCACAUAAGAGAUUUCUUUAUUUAGAAAAGCGUUUUUACAAGAAUCCCAAUUUAUAUAAACUUUAUCGUGAGUUUAUUCAUGAAUAUAUUUCUAUGGGGCACGCCGUUCAAACAGAUAUUCCAAAAUCGGACAUUUUAGAUACCUUUGAUUCUUCCACCAGUCAUAAUCAUUAUUAUAUGCCACAUCAUGCUGUUUUUAAAAAUUCAGAUUCUAAUAAAAUACGCGUUGUUUUUGACGCAUCGACUAAAACUUCGUCGGGAAAGUCUCUUAACGACAUCCUUCUAGCUGGUCCAAAAUUACAGAAGGAUUUAUUUUGCAUUUUGCUAAGAUUCAGAUCGAAGCCUUUUGUUUUCAUAGCUGAUUUAAUUAAAAUGUUUAGACAAAUAAAUAUUAAAAGAGCCGAUCAGGAGUAUCAAAGGAUUCUUUGGAGGGACUCUCCUUCGGAAGAAAUAAGAUGUUACAGGCUUACAACUGUAACUUACGGAACGGCUUCAGCUCCAUAUCUUGCGAUAAGAUGUUUGAAUCAUUUAGCCUUUGAAGAAAAAGCCACAUUCCCGAUUGCUUCACAUGUACUUUUAGAGGACAUUUAUGUCGACGACAUAAUUACUGGUGCUAAUAGUAUAGAACAUUUACAGCGUACUAAAAUUGAAUUAAUUAAGUUAUUAGAAUUAGGCGGUUUUUGCUUACAUAAAUGGGCUUCAAAUAUUCCAAGUUUUUUAAAUGAUAUUCCUUUGCAAUUGAGAGAAUUUAAUAACCCUAUCUUCACUGACGAUAAAAAUUCUAUUAACACCUUAGGCUUAUUAUGGAAUCCAAAACAGGAUCACUUUCUUAUUUCAGUUCCCACUUUUAAAUUUAAUAAUUGUACAAAGCGAGUUAUUUUAUCUGUGAUAUCACAAAUUUUUGAUCCUUUAGGACUGAUCGCACCUGUCGUUAUACAAGGAAAAUUGAUUUUACAAGAACUUUGGAAAGAUAAGAAAGAUUGGGAUGAAAGUGUUUCUGCAAACGUUGAAAAUAAGUGGUUCAAGUUUGCCACAAAGUUAGGGACAUUAUCACACUUAGUUAUUGAUCGUUGCGUUUUUCAUCACAAACGUAUUAUAAGUAUUCAACUUCAUGGUUUUGCUGAUGCGUCUUCAUAUGCUUAUGGAGCAUGCUUUUAUGUUAAAACCACAUAUGAAGAUAAAACUACGAGUGUGAAACUACUGUGUGCGAAAUCAAAAGUUGCACCUUUAAAACCGAUAACUUUAGCGAGGUUGGAAUUGUGUGCUGCAUUAUUAUUGGCUAGGUUGUUCAGAAGGGUGAUUGAUAACAUUGAUAUAAAUUUUGAAAAGGUUUUACUUUGGAGUGACUCGAACAUUGUCUUGUCAUGGAUCGCUGGCGAUCCAAAUAGAUGGCAUAUCUUUGUGAGCAAUAGAGUAGGAGAAAUUACUGACAUUACUCCCGGCACAAUCUGGAGACAUGUGCCUUCUGAUUUCAACCCAGCAGAUCUAAUUUCACGAGGCUUAUCCGCAGAUCAAUUAAAAACUUGUGAGCUAUGGUGGAAUGGCCCAAGUUGGUUGUCUGAGGAUACUGAUAGGUGGCCAAAUGUUGAUCCUUCUUUAGACGCUGUUCUACCCGAACAAAGAGUUCUAUUAGUUAAAGAAAACAGCAGUUCUUUUCUUGAUACUUUCUGUCAGCGAUUCUCUUCGCUAAGGAAAAUGACUAGAGUACUUGCUUACUGCUUAAGAAUGAACCCUUAUAUUAAAAGGUCGAUAGGUCGUGGUGAUCACAAUACGUUAUCGGUCCCAGAAUUAGAUAAUGCGUUGAAGGUAAUUUUAAAAUUGGUUCAGUUAGAAACCUUCACAAAAGUAAUAAAAAAUCUGCAAGAUAGUAAACAUACUCCUAGUCUUAAAUUGAUGUCGGAAUUGAAAUCGCUUCAUCCUUUCUUAGAUAAGUCAGGUUUUUUGAGAGUGGGUGGUAGGAUAGAAAAUGCUGAUGUUUCUUAUGAACAAAAGCACCCAAUAAUUCUGCCCAAAAAACAUUAUGUUACAAGACUCUUAUUGAAACAAGAGCAUGAAAGGUUGAUGCAUGCGGGCACGCAAACGGUUUUAGCAAAUAUUCGUCGAAAAUAUUGGCCCUUGAACGCGCGAAGAGAGCUAAAAGCGAUAAUACACUCAUGUGUAAAAUGUGCAAAAAUUAAAGCUGUCACUGCCUCUCAAUUAAUGGGAAGUUUACCCAUUGAUAGAGUUAAAUUUCAACGCCCUUUUUUUAAUGUUGGGGUUGAUUACGCAGGACCGCUGACGAUAAGAUCGAGUCGAUUAAGGAAAGCACCAAGAAUUAAGGCUUAUAUUGUUUUGUUUGUUUGCAUGGUGACUAAAGCUGUUCAUUUAGAUAUUACAACUAGCCUCACAGCAGAAUCAUUUAUUUGUGUUUUAAAGAGAUUCGUUUCUCGUAGAGGUCUAUGUUCGGUAAUAAAUAGCGACAACGGAACGAAUUUUAUAGGCGCUAAUCAUGAGUUGCAAGAGCUACGGAAUCUUUUUAGUAAACAAUCCUUCAAGACAGAUAUAAUUAACCAAGCUGCGACAAUGGGCAUAACUUGGAAGUUUAUUCCUUCUCAUUCCCCACAUUUUGGUGGAUUGUGGGAAGGAAGUAUUAAAAUUAUGAAAUAUCACCUUCGAAGGAUAAUAGGCUCCUCCUGUUUAACUUAUGAGGAAUAUUUAACAGUACUAUUACAGGUGGAAGCAAUUCUUAAUUCACGUCCUCUUAUGGCAAUAACAGAUGAUGUUUCUAGUUUUCAGUACUUAUCGCCUAGUCAUUUUUUGAUUGGAGAUUUUUUAACUACAAUCCCAGAACCAAACGUAAAUUUUGAUAAAUUAAAUUCAUUAACGGUAUAUAAGCAAUUAACUGCCAUGCGAGAUAAAUUUUGGACUUUAUGGUCAAAGGAUUAUUUAUCUUAUUUGCAAAAACGAAAUAAAUGGUCAGAUAAUCAGCCAAAUUUGAAAUUAAACUCGAUAGUUUUGAUUAAGGAGGAUAACCUUCCCCCAUUAAGAUGGUGCUUGGCUAGAAUUGUUAAUUUAAAUUAUGGUCGUGAUGGUAAAGUUCGAGUGGCAGAAGUUAAAACCUCAAAUGGAACCUACACAAGACCUAUUCAUAAAUUAGUGCCUUUGCCAAUUAAUGAUUAA